UAAGAAAAACCACCUUCUGUCCACCAAACAAGCAAAUCUAUUCCUCCUCAUCAUCCAUGGCAGACGACGCUUCUCUAAAAGAGUUCUUGGCAACUGCAGUGGAUGCAGCCAAGAGUGCUGGCGAGAUAAUCCGCAAAGGCUUCUACCAGCCUAAGCAUGUGGAGCAUAAAGGGGAGAUAGAUUUGGUCACUGAAACAGACAAGGCAUGUGAAGAUCUCAUAUUUAAUCAUCUCAGGCAGAAGUAUCCCACUCAUAAGUUCAUUGGGGAGGAGACUACUCAUGCUUGUGGUGCAACAGAUUUAACAGAUGAGCCAACCUGGAUUGUUGACCCUCUUGAUGGAACUACUAAUUUUGUACAUGGGUAUCCCUUUGUCUGUGUCUGCAUUGGUCUUACCAUUGGAAAGGUUCCAACAGUUGGAGUUGUUUACAAUCCAAUAAUGGAAGAGCUUUUUACUGGCAUUCGUGGAGGAGGUGCUUCCCUGAAUGGAAAACCUAUAAAAGUAUCAGCUGAAACUGAGCUUGGGAAAUCUCUCCUCGCUACAGGGGUAUGUAAGCAUAUAGCUGAAUCCUUGUGUCCAAGUUUUGUCUAGCUCCACCUUCAUCUGGUUAUCAUCAUUUUGAGCUAUUUCAUUAUCUCACUUAUCCUUGUUGACCACAGUAGAAUUAUACCUCUUCA